CAGCUAAAUGGAUAAACCGAGCCUGCGGGGCUGCUGAAGCGGGCUCUGCCUUGGCACGGGAGGCCCUGUCUGCUCCGGGAGCCGGGGGAGGAUGGAUCGCUGUGCCCGGCGAUGGCAAAAGGCAGCAGCAUGAGGGAUGCGAGGCUCCGGCAGAGCUUUGGUCCUUCCUCCCAGAGAAGUUGGUUCACCUCCAUCGCCCGCUCCGGCUUUUCUCGCCGAUUGCCACUUAACGCCGCCGGUUCUCUGAUGACUUCCACAAUGGCUCUCAGAGCUUAGAGUCCCUCCCUACCCCCCACACUCCCCCCAUCCUUCGUCCUGUCUUCCCCACCCCCAACCCCUUCCCUUAUCCUUUCCCUUCCUCAUCCCCAAAAUUCUCGCUGGUCCUCUCCGGGGAACUUUGUGGGGCUCCCGGCAGGCACGCUGGAUGGCGGCGGGGCGAGUGGCAGCCGGGCUGUGACAUGAAGAUGCUGAUGGUUUAAAGCAAAGGAACCGGGCUCGAAAAAGAGAGAGAGGCGAGGGGAAAGGGAUAAAAAAAAUAAAAAAAAAAAAAAAGGAAGAGAGAGGAGAAAACAGCUGGAGGAAGGCGAAGGAGGACGUUAUUGAUGACAAAAGGAUGGGUUUCCAUGUAAUCAAGCAGCGGGGAGGCUCCAGGGUGCUGCUGGGGCUGCUUCCCCUGGCGCUGCUGGCGGGGCUGGCGGGCGCUCAGCGAGCCUGCCCCAAGAACUGCCGCUGCGAUGGCAAGAUCGUGUACUGCGAGUCGCACGCCUUCCGAGACAUCCCCCACAACAUCUCCGGCGGCUCCCAGGGCUUGUCCCUGCGCUACAACAGCAUCCAGAAGCUGAAAUCCCACCAGUUCGCGGGCCUCAAUCAGCUGAUAUGGCUGUACCUCGACCACAAUUACAUCAGCUCCGUGGAUGAGGACGCCUUCCAGGGGAUCCGCCGGCUGAAGGAGCUGAUCCUGAGCUCCAACAAAAUCACCCACCUGCACAACAAGACCUUCCACCCCGUGCCCAACCUCCGCAACCUGGACCUGUCCUACAACAAGCUGCAGGUGCUGCAGGCGGAGCAGUUCAAGGGCCUCCGCAAGCUCCUGAUCCUGCACCUGAGGUCCAACUCGCUGAAAACGGUGCCCAUCCGCGUUUUCCAGGACUGCCGCAACCUCGACUUCCUGGAUUUGGGCUACAACCGCCUGCGGAGCUUGUCCCGCAACGCCUUCGCCGGCCUUUUGAAGCUGACGGAGCUCCACUUGGAGCACAACCAGUUUUCUAAGAUCAAUUUUGCGCACUUCCCGCGGCUCUUCAACCUCCGCUCCAUUUACUUGCAGUGGAAUAGGAUCCGCUCCAUCAGCCAGGGGUUGACGUGGACAUGGAGUUCCUUGCACAACUUGGAUUUAUCGGGCAAUGACAUCGCAGGGGUAGAGCCCGGCACCUUCCAGUGCCUGCCCAACCUGCAAAAGCUGAACCUGGAUUCCAACAAACUCACCAACAUCUCCCAGGAGACCAUCAACACGUGGAUCUCGCUCAUCUCCAUCACUCUGUCCGGGAAUAUGUGGGAAUGUACUCGAAGCAUUUGCCCCCUGUUCAAUUGGCUUAAGAAUUUCAAGGGAAAUAAGGAGAGCACCAUGAUCUGUGCAGGCCCCAAACACAUCCAGGGCGAGAAGGUGAGCGACGCUGUGGAAACCUAUAAUAUCUGUGCCGAAAUCCAGGUGGUGGCUACCGAAAGGUCCUACCAGGCCCCCCAAACCCCCCAGAGACCCCUGUUCAUCCCCAAACCCACCGUUUCCAAACUGGAAAGCCACCAGCCGACAUCCGCGAUGCCAAGCCCUUCCGCAGACAUCCCAACGCCCGCGGUGGAGCCGGAAUACGAGCAUGUGUCCUUCCACAAGAUCAUCGCGGGGAGCGUGGCCCUCUUCCUCUCGGUGGCCAUGAUCCUGCUGGUCAUCUACGUGUCCUGGAAGCGUUAUCCUGCCAGCAUGAAGCAGCUCCAGCAGCACACGCUCAUGAAGAGGCGCAGGAAAAAGGCCCGGGAGUCGGAGAGGCAAAUGAACUCCCCUUUGCAGGAAUAUUACGUGGACUACAAGCCAACAAACUCUGAGACCAUGGAUGUAUCCGUUAAUGGAUCUGGACCCUGCACCUACACCAUCUCUGGCUCCAGGGAAUGCGAGGUCCCUCACCACAUGAAGACUUUACCCUACUACAGCUACGACCAGCCCGUCAUCGGCUACUGCCAGGCCCACAAGCCCCUCCACGUGAACAAGGGCUACGAGACGGUGUCCCGGGAGCAGGUGGAGACCUCCAACCUGGACCUGGGCCGCGACCACAGCUUCAUCGCCACCAUCGCGCGCUCCGCCGCCCCCGCCAUCUACAUCGAGAGAAUACCCAACUAACGCGGGGCCGCCUCCGGGGGACAGCUCUGGGAGGGACCUUUCGUCUGGGAAGAGACCGGGCAAGGCGCUCCAACCCCACCAUUCCAGAUGUUCCGAGGGCAGGGGAUGGCCGCGGCCUCCGGGAACGCCGGCGUGCAGAAGGCGCGCGGAGAACUUCAGGAUUUUCUUUGCUUUAAACUUUCAAACAA